AACUAAUUUAACUCCUUUUCUACACCUUUGCAUAUUGUGCCACAGUCACACCAGUUUAUAAUUAUUAAAAUGUAUAAAUUGUGUAAAUUAGCAGAAUUAAAUUUUAAACUCAUAAAUCCAAAUUCUAAACUAAUAAAUCUAAAUUUUAAACUAAUAAAUUUAAAUUCUAAACUGAUAAAUCCAAAUUUUAAACUAAUAAAUUUAAAUUCUAAACUGAUAAAUCAAAAUUCUAAAAUUUUUUACUCUGAAUAUUGUACAAAUAGUAAAAUUGACAAAUCUGAGAUAGCGGAUGGGAUUGGGGAGACUGAGUUAGUUUUGAGUAAAUCGUUGUCGAGGAGUAGUUUUACGGAUUCUAGCACGUUUAACGUGGUGAAGGUGCCGGCGCUUGGCAGGAAUAUCACAAGGUGUAAAAUAUACAAAUGGCUCAAAAAACCCGGAGACUACGUCAAUCUCAACGACCUCCUCUGCAUCAUCGAAACCGAUCUCAUUUUCGGGAAAGUGUACUCUAAAGUCACUGGGACGAUCUUCGAAAGCGUACAUCAAGAAGGAAGUAUGGUGAAUUGUGGUUCGGAUUUGAUGGUUUUGAUGAGUAAUGGGAUAAUGAGUCCAAAUUAUCAAAGUUCAAAGAUGUUUACUGACGUUGGUAAACGCUUCUACUCCACCGCCACACUCAACAAAUACACUCCAAUGAUUUCCUUCCCCUCUAAUACCAAUAGUAAUAUGAGUAACACAGUUAGUAGUGGUACAGUGGGUAGUAGUGGUGGAGUGGUGGUAUUGGAUGAUUAUUACAAGUCUCCGUACAGGCUGUGGUUUAGAAACUUGUCAGAGGAUGAAAUUGAUACCAUUAACCAUGGCACCAUUGAUACCAAAUAAUGUAAUACACUCUCCAUACACCAGUUAGUAGUAGAGUUUACCUUCCAGUUACUCAGU